UUCAUCGCUUGCCUUAGUUAUUUCAUGAUUUCCAGCGAAAAUGGAACCUCGAAUCACUGACCUUCAGAUCCAAUCUCGGGUUCAUGAAUUACUCGAUUUACCGGUUUGUACAAACCAGAUGUCCACUGCAAUCUACCAGUGUCCCAUCGGCCACACCAAAGAGGUCAACAAUGAGAACUCUAAGACGAAACCGUACAAUUGUCCACACUCUGGAUCCAAGUGUAGUGUCACAGGAGAUAUUCCAUGGCUGCUUUUGCAUCUAAGGAAUGAUCACAAUGUUGAUAUGCAUGAUGGCCGUAGUUUCAGUCAUAGAUAUGUUCAUCAUAAUCCUAAACAUCUUCAUCAUGCUACUUGGAUGUUAACGCUUCUGGAUUGCUUUGGUCGACAAUUCUGCUUAUACUUCGAAGCAUUCCACCUGAGGAGAACACCAAUGUACAUAGCCUUCGUGCAGUUUAUAGGAGAUGAAGAAGAAGCAAUGAACUUCAGUUAUAGUUUGGAGGUCGGUGGUAAUGGCAGAAAGCUGAAAUGGCAAGGCGUGCCAAGAAGCAUUCGUGACAGUCACAAGACGGUUCGUGAUAGUCAAGAUGGCUUGAUUAUAACUCGCAAAUUAGCUAUGUUCUUUUCUACAGAUAACACCAGCAACAAAGAACUGAAGUUGAAGGUUUCAGGUCGUGUAUGGAGAGAACAGUGACGAAUUCUACUGCCUGAUAUGUUUUGAAUUGGAUUACUCAUGUUGUUUAGAUAAUAACAAAAAAUAUCUUUUCUUGAUAUAAAAAUUAGAUAGCAAUUUAGAUGGAAAUGUGUAGCUAAACUGGUGAUUAUGCCUCAAUCCCCUUCACAAUUGAAGUCGAGAGGAAACAAAACAAUCACCACUUCGUUGCUUCACAAUUCAACUGACAAAAAAAAAAAAAAA